GUCACAUUUUUCUGCAGCGGUGUUCCGAACUGUUCUGAGCGAGAGCGGGUCUGGUCUGGACAGGAGAGUUCCGCUGCCCGGUCGGUCUCCGCUAACUUCCAAGAACCGUUCUCACACCAGGAUAGUACGCUUUCUCUGACAGGGAAGUUGUAUUGCUGCUUUAGUCGGACAGUCAACUUCUAUCAGCCAUGAGCGACCAGGAGGAAGAGUACGAAGGUGAGGAGGAGGUUGAGGAGGAGGAGGAAGUUGAGGAAGAACCGGAACCGGAAGCCGAACCGGAACCCGAGCCGGAACCUGAGCCGGAACCGGAACCGGAGCCUGAACCAGAACAGGCCAAGCCCAAGCCUAAGUUUAUCCCAUCAACAUACGAGCAGCCCAAAUAUGAGGGAGACGAAGACGUCGAGGCCAGGUUUGGGCAAAUUGCCGACAAGCGGCGUCAGAAGGACCUGCAGGAGCUGGAACAGUUCAUCAAGAAACAUUUCGAGAAGCGGGAGAAGGAGGAGGAGGAGCUGCAGCUGCUCAUCGUGCGCAGGGAAAAACGCAAAGCUGAGAUGGCGGAUAAAGAAGCGGCCCGCAAGGAGAAAGAGCGGGAGAGGGUGGCCGAGGAGAAGGCUCGCUUGAUGAAGCAGCGGGAGGAAGAGGAGCGAAAGCGCAAAGAGGAGGAUGACAGGAAGAAGAAACUGGCCAACGUCAACCUGCACAUAGGCGGCUACCUGUCCCGGCUGGAGGGGAAAGAGAAGGGUCCCAGUAAGCGGCAGUUGGCUCAGGAGGCGAAGCGGAAGAAGAUCCUGGCCCGGGUGAAGCCCCUGCCCGACCUCAGCACCAUGUCCGACUACGAGCUGCGGGAGAAGGCCCAGGAGCUGCAGGACAGGCUCAAGUUCUCCGAGGAGGAGUUGUACGACAUGAAGGAGAAAGUGCAGCGACAGGUUUACGACAUGGACCGUUUGAGGACCACCAUUAACGAAGCCAUGGGCAAAUUCAACAAGCCGGGCACGGCUGGAGGCGCACAGAGAGGACGGGUUGCCGGAAAAUUCGGAAAGUAAUAAUCUGAGGGGCAACAUCCGACAGAUCCUCCUCCUGGUGCAUCACGGGAAGACUGUUCUUCUCCAUUGUUCCUACAUCGCGGAUGACAGAAGUCAAGCUUAGCACUGCACGAAUUGAACCCAUCUUUGACACCUCAAAACAUGCGUAAAUGUUCAUUUUCUUCAAUCCGGUGAUUAUGUACGGAUGCUGAAAACUGUGCUUAAAGAUUGGAUUUCUUGUAGCGUAGGUACCGCACAAAAUAUAAAACAGACGUCCUGUUCAACAAAGUUAAUCCGUAUUAAAGUUUGAUUCGUUGAAGUUUGGACUAGUCAAAAGACGAUUCAACUUCAUUUAAGCUCCAGAAGGCUGCCCGACUAGUGUAAAAGUUCCCCCAACUUGUUCAAUUUUACCGUAGAAUUCUGAAGACACCAUCUGUUAGAAUUGAGCAAAAUUGAUCAUCUAUUUAUCAUUACUAGUUGACAUUUCGUAUAUUCAACUGUUUGAGAGCGUAACAUGUAGACAUGUGAAAGAUUAAGUUAACGUUGCUGUAGCCUUAAUUUGUUCUUGAUGUGCUGACAUGGACUGAGCUGGCUAUGAAUGUAAAUAAAAUAAUUGAAAACUUUG